GUAGGGAUCGUGCAUAAGAAUUUCCUUCGUGUGACAGAACAUAAAUGAACAGUAAAGCUUUCUAGUUUUCGAAUAUCUGAAGCAAACGCGCUCGGCUUUGCGUCACGUCGGGGGUUUUGGGUGAUAUUUCUAGGACGCGAUAAGGUUACUAGAAAGGAGAAUCUAUGUCCUGGUGAAUCAAGAAGCUGGUGCGAGAAAAGACCAGGGGCGUGGAGAAUUAGAAGAGAAUUAGAUUCGUUCUGUGUCGAUCCUUCGAAGAUUUUUCAAAAAGAUAGAGAAUGAGAACUCUUCAUGGGGUUAAUAAAAAAGCUUAUUUUUAUUCUUCUCUUUGUUCGUUCGCAGGUCCGAUUACUUUUUGUAGUUUCCACCCACCACUUCCCUCGUUAAUCCUCGUACGGAUCGUCCGUCUCAAGCGACAACAACCCAUCAACUUUCACCUGAGAUUUCUCGAUCACAUACAAUAAGUAUCCCAUCUUUCCAAACUCUCUGCAGGUUGGCUCUCGACAAUGUCGCGAUUGCAGCAAGUCGUCCCUCGCUGUCUCAUAUCGAUCACUGUUAUCGCCGUGCUAUUGCUUCCCCAAUGUGAUGCAGACGUUGGCACCGCCAGUCACUAUGAUCCUCCAUACACGCCGACCGCUUGCUUCGGGUACGAUCCGCUGCAGUUUCCCUCGAGUUUCUUGUUUGCGGCUGCCGGGGAAGGGAUUUGGGACAAUGGCGCCGCUUGUGGGAGGCAAUAUUGGGUCCGGUGCGUAAGCGCUGACCGGCCGAAGACCUGCAACCCGGCCCAGUUGGUCCAGGUCAGGAUCGUGGACCGGGCGCUCAGCACAGUAUCCCGGUCCUCGUUGGACCAUGCCACCAUCGUCCUGUCCAAGACUGCGUUCGAGGCCAUUGCGAAUCCGUCCGCAUCGUCUGUCAACGUCGAAUUCGUACAGGUUUGAAGUGAUCAGGAUGAUACCUGGGAAGCAAAGCGAAGCAAAGCAAAGUAGGGUUUUAAGGAAAUUGUGUAUGACGCUACUAUGAUUGACUAUGUUCCGCCCAUUCAUCAAUAUUAAGAGUCU